GUUAUGAAAAAACAAAAAUUUGAAGAUCGAGUAUACAAAGUAGUUACUCUAGGAGAAGGCAGAGUGGGUAAAACAUCAAUCAUAACACGAUUCUUCGAUAAUUCCUUCUCUGAAUAGACUCAGGAAACUUCUGAUGGCUAUUGCAAGGAGAAAACAAUUUAGACUAAAAAAGGACCAAUUGAUUUGGCCGUAUGGGUAGCUUAUAAGUCAUUUACAUUAAGGAUACCGCUGGCCAAGAGAAGUACCACAGUCUGGCUCCACUUUAUUAUAGAAAUUCAGAUGCUGCCAUCAUAGUCUAUGAUAUCACAGUCAAAGAAACAUUGCAGAAAGGACGCUAGUGGAUAUAAGAACUCAAGUAAAUGGCUGAAAAUGAUAAUAUGCUAUUGGUUAUUGUAGGCAAUAAAUGUGACAUGCACAUUCAUAAAGAUGUAGAAUAAUCAUGUACUAUCUGUCAAAUAACAAUUAUUAGAAAUUGAUGAAUUAUGCAAUCAAUAUAAUGCAAAACAUUUUUUGGUCUCAGCCAAAUCUGGUAAGGGAAUACCAGAAAUUUUUGAUCACUUAGCUAAUGGUAAAUAUAUUAUGAAAUUAUAGAAUUGAAGUAAAUAGUGAAAUAACCCAAUACAAGAAGUGCUUUGAAGUAAGGAAAGAAGAAAGAGUCAUAAAAUUAAGGGGGAGGUUGUUGCUGAUGUAU